GGAGUGGGCAGGCUGCCUGGGCUCCCUUCCUGCAGUGUCCUCUCAGCAGCUGGUGCUGGGCUCCUGGGGGCAGGGACCAGGCUGCCCCUUACUCCAGCAACCUUCUCUUUCCUUGGGUGCCCUUGGCCCUGCAGAUUGUCUUGGGCUAACUCUGGCCUUUGUUGGUUUCUGGUUCCAUCUGAGGAGAGGCUCUGCUUGACCAAGAAAGAGUACUUUGAAGGAGGUAGGAUGCAGAAGCUGUGUCUGUUGUGCUGGGCGGUCCUCCUGGGCCUGGGACAGGCCUGUCCUGAGCCCUGCGACUGUAGGGAGAAGUAUGGCUUCCAGAUCGCCGACUGUGCCUACCGAGACCUGGAGGCUGUGCCGCCUGGCUUCCCAGCCAAUGUGACCACAUUGAGCCUGUCAGCCAACCGGCUGCCCAGCUUGCCAGAGGGUGCCUUCUGGGAGGUGCCCCUGCUGCAGUCGCUGUGGCUGGCACACAACGAGAUCCGCACAGUGGCUGCUGGCGCUUUGGCCUCUCUGGGCCAUCUAAAGAGCCUGGACCUCAGCCACAACCUUAUUUCUGACUUUGCCUGGAGCAACCUGCACAAACUCAGUGCCCUCCAGUUGCUCAAGAUGGAUAGCAAUGAGCUGACCUUCAUCCCCCAAGAUGCCUUCCGCAGCCUCCCUGCCCUGCGCUCACUGCAGCUCAACCACAACCGCUUGCACACACUGGCCGAGGGUACCUUUGCACCACUCACAGCGCUGUCCCACCUGCAGAUCAAUAACAACCCUUUCGAGUGUACCUGUGGCAUCAUGUGGUUCAAGACGUGGGCCCUGACCACAGCUGUAUCCAUACCAGAGCAGGACAACAUCACCUGCACUUCGCCCCAUGUGCUAAAGGGCACACCGCUGAACCGCCUGCUCUCAUUGCCUUGCUCGGCACCCUUGGUGCAACUCACCUACCAGCCCAGCCAGGAUGGUGCCGAGCUGCGGCCUGGCUUCGUGCUGGCACUCCACUGUCACGUGGAGGGGCAGCCGGUCCCCCAGCUUCACUGGCACAUCCAGACGCCUGGUGGCACGGUGGAGAUCACCAGCCCCAACGUGGGUGCUGAUGGGCAUGCCCUGGCAGCCGGCAGCCAGCCACGCUUCCAGGCCUUUGCCAAUGGCAGCUUGCUCAUCCCUGACUUUGGCAAGCUGGAGGAAGGCACCUACAGCUGCCUGGCCACCAAUGAGCUGGGCAGUGCGGAGAGCUCGGUGAACGUGGCACUGGCUACACCAGGCAAGGGUGGCGAGGAUGUGCUGGGGAGCAGGUUCCAUGGCAAAGCUGCCGAGGGUAAGGGCUGCUAUGUGGUUGACAAUGAGGUACAGCCGUCAGGUCCUGAGGACAACGUGGUCAUCAUCUACCUCAGCCGCACUGGGGGCCCAGAGGCUGCAGCAGCGGGGGAGGGGGUCUCUGGGCAGCAGCCCCCAGGCCUGCUCCUGCUGGGCCAGAGCCUCCUCUUCCUCUUCUUCACUUUCUUCUAGCCUUGCCCCCACCCAGCUGAGCUGGAGCAGCCCCAAGGCCUCCCUGACUCCUCCCCUUGGAGAGGUCUGGUGUUGACACUUCCCAAGGCCUGCAUGGGGGACAUUACAUCUUCUUACUUCCCCUUCUCAUCUCUUCUGGAACACUCACCACAUCAACUUCUAGACUUGCUCAAAGCUAGUGACUAGGACAGAAUUUGAUCCCAUAACACACAGUCUUCAGUGUUCCUUGCUGCUAAACACAUGGCCCGUGCUCUCCUAGGGGUGCAGCAUGCUAAUAGAGUACUGCCCUAACCAACCGGGCAAAGCCUUAUGGAUGGAAUUCCAGGCAUUGGGACGGACCAGCUGGCAAAGCUGAGGGCUUAGAGCUUGGCAGGGAGGUAGCCUGAAGCAGACAGGGCACAAGAGAAAGGAAUGGGAUAUAGGGUGAGUGGCUGGUGUGGUUCUGAGAUUUUCAGUGACCUGCAUGAGCUUCUGCUGCCCUGUGGCAUUCUCUGAUGAUGUAGGGGCUCCGGAGCCUCUGUCCUCAUCUCUGACAGGACCAGAGGAUCCGGGAUGGCCUUCCUUUUGUCACCCUUCCUCCUUUAGCCUCUGCCUCUCCCUCCUGGACUCCUGCCCUGCCUUUCUCUCCAUGUAUGCGUCUGUAGCAUACCCCUUCAAAGACGCCAGCCAGCCUGGGGACAGCAGAAAAAUAAAUAGCAUUUCUGAUGCU